AGAAGAAACUGGGCAGCGAGAGCAGCGGCAGUGGUCACAUAGCGGUCCAGAUUGAGCCCGCCAGAAGGGUCAAGCGUCACAGCAUCCACGGCAUGAUGGAGGAGGAGAACACGAUUCGGCCGCAUCAGGAGAUUAGGCAGCUGACGCUGGAGGAGAAGAAGUUCCUGCUGGCCGUGGAGAGGGGCGACAUGGCCGGCACACGCAGGAUGCUGCAGAAGGCCCAGGACACGGAGUACAUCAAUGUGAACUGCGUGGACCCACUGGGACGCACAGCCCUGCUGAUGGCCAUUGACAAUGAGAAUCUGGAAAUGGUGGAGCUGCUGAUCAACUACAAUGUGGACACCAAGGAUGCCCUGCUGCAUUCCAUCUCGGAGGAGUUCGUUGAGGCUGUGGAGGUGCUGCUGGACCACGAAAACGUCACCUUUCACAGCGAGGGCAAUCACAGUUGGGAAUCCGCCUCGGAGGACACGUCGACCUUCACGCCGGACAUUACGCCCCUGAUCCUGGCGGCUCACCGCGACAACUAUGAGAUCAUCAAGAUCCUCUUGGAUCGGGGCGCCGUGCUGCCCAUGCCCCAUGACGUGCGAUGCGGCUGUGAUGAGUGCGUUCAGUCGCGGCAGGAGGACUCCCUCAGGCACUCGAGAUCGCGCAUCAACGCCUAUCGCGCCCUGGCCAGUCCCAGCUUGAUAGCACUCUCCUCCAAGGACCCCAUCCUCACGGCCUUCGAGCUGUCCUGGGAGCUGCGCCGGCUCAGCUUUCUCGAGCACGAAUUUAAGAACGAGUACCAGGAGCUGCGCAAGCAGUGCCAGGACUUCGCCACCGCCCUGCUGGACCACACUCGCACCUCCCACGAGCUGGAGAUCCUGCUCAACCACGAUCCCACCGGUCCGGUUUACGAGCACGGCGAACGCAUGCAUUUAAACCGCCUGAAGCUGGCCAUUAAGCUGCGCCAAAAGAAGUUCGUGGCUCACUCGAAUGUUCAACAAUUGCUGGCAAGCAUUUGGUACGAAGGAUUGCCCGGAUUCCGGAGGAAGAACAUGGCCCUGCAGGCUGUGGACAUCAUCAGGAUCGGCAUCAUGUUCCCCAUCUUCUCGCUGGCCUACAUCCUGGCACCCUACUCCAGCAUUGGCCAAACAAUGCGGAAGCCCUUCAUCAAGUUCAUCUGCCACAGCGCCUCGUACUUCACCUUUCUAUUUCUUUUGAUGUUGGCUUCUCAGCGGAUUGAGACCUUCAUUGGAGGCUGGUUCUUUGCCGAUUCCUCAGGAAUGCUCAACACGAUGGAGGAGCUGCCCACGAAGCGAGGUGCCAAGCCCACCUUCAUUGAGUGGCUAAUCCUGGCCUGGGUGAGCGGCCUCAUUUGGAGCGAGGUGAAGCAACUGUGGGACGUUGGUCUGCAGGAGUAUCUCAACGACAUGUGGAAUGUGAUCGACUUUGUCACGAACUCCCUAUAUGUGGCCACAGUGGCUUUGCGGGUUGUGUCCUUUUUCCAGGUCCAAAAAGAGAUGAUUUACAACUCGCAUGCCACGGAUCUGCCGAGGGAGCGGUGGGACGCCUGGGACCCGAUGCUGAUAUCGGAGGGUCUAUUCAGUGCAGCGAACAUUUUCAGUAGCCUCAAGCUGGUUUAUAUAUUCUCGGUGAAUCCGCAUCUGGGGCCACUGCAGGUGUCGCUGUCCCGGAUGGUGAUGGACAUCAUGAAGUUCUUCUUUCUUUAUGUCCUGGUCCUCUUCGCGUUUGGCAGUGGUCUUAACCAGUUACUGUGGUACUAUGCCGAUCUGGAGAAGAAACGUUGUCCUGAAGUUUCGCCCAUGAGUGCUCUUCUUAACAUGAAUGGAACCAAUGAUCCGAAUGCCUGCAUUGUGUGGCGCAGAUUUUCCAACUUAUUCGAAACCACACAAACCCUCUUCUGGGCUGUCUUCGGCCUGAUAGAUUUGGACAGCUUUGAGUUGGAUGGGAUCAAGAUCUUCACCAGAUUCUGGGGCAUGCUGAUGUUUGGAACUUACUCGGUUAUAAAUAUUGUGGUGCUGCUUAACCUUCUCAUUGCCAUGAUGAAUCAUUCGUAUCAACUUAUUUCGGAACGUGCUGAUGUGGAGUGGAAGUUUGCUCGCUCGAAGCUCUGGAUAAGCUACUUCGAGGAGGGCGGAACCUGUCCACCACCUUUCAACAUCAUACCCACUCCAAAGUCCAUUUGGUACGCCAUUAAGUGGAUGCGUCGCGUCUUCUGCAGCGGAUCCUCUGCCGCUCGACGGGAACACCUAAAGACAAUACGACGCAAGGCGCAGCAGGCUAGCGACCGGGACUUUAAGUACCAGCAGAUAAUGCGCAAUUUGGUAAGACGGUAUGUAACUGUGGAGCAGCGGAAGGCCGAGUCCCAGGGAGUCACCGAGGACGACGUAAACGAGAUCAAGCAGGAUAUAUCCGCCUUCCGGUGCGAGCUGGUGGAAAUACUCAAGAACAGCGGAAUGGAUACGAAUGUGACGGCGGGACACGGAGGAGGUGGUGGCAAGAAAAACCGCCAGAAGGAGCGUCGCCUGAUGAAGGGAUUCAAUAUCGCACCGCCUGGCUCUACGGGAUCACUGGCUCCUGUUGCCGAGUUCUCCACAUCGCUGGACAACUAUGAUAACCAACACGAGAUCCUCAGCUCCACACUGUCCACCCUCUUUACGCCGAACUUUAUGCACAAGCGCCAGCAAAGUCAGGCCGGUGGAUCCGAGUCCCCGACCACGCCCACAGCCCCCCAGGGAACUCAGGGGGCGGCAAUGACCGCCACUAGCCAGGUCACCAAGUACAACAAGUCCGCCCUGAAGCCGUACAACAAGCGCAUCGCUGGACACAAAAAGCGAUGGGGCACCUUAAUUGAAGCAGCCAAAGUUGGCAACGUGAGCAAAAUGCUGGGUCGUUCGAAGUCCGAGGACUCGGUGUGCAACUCCUCGCACACAUCAACGCCAGUUCACGGGCAGAUGCGGGUAACCUACGCCCAGAACUCGCCCCAGCAGGGAUAUGGUUACCAUGGAGAGACCAGUUCCACGGCCACAUCCACACCAACUCCCACGAUUUCGGUGGUUAGCAAUUCGCCAGCAGCCCACUCGGGAGUGGGAUCGCAUUUCUUUCACACAACAAGUGGUCUCACUGCCAUUGCCGCCCUGAAGCGAAAGCGCAAAAAGUUCUCAUCGAGCAAGAAUAUCUGUCCGGUUACCGAAUCCGUGGCAGCGGCCAACGCGGCUGAGAUACUAAACGAUAAGACCCUUAAGCGGGUGUCCAGCUAUCCUGCAGCCGAGGCUGGAGUGCAGCACAAUCCGGCCCAGUUGGUCAAGCCGCGGCGACAUGAGCAAACGCAGAGUCAGCACGAUUCGGUGGAGACCAACUCGACCUUCACGCUGUCCAUUGAUCCAUCCAAUACGUCGGUGAACUCCAGGGAACCGCUGAUCAGCACCAGUUGUGUUUCGACCACGGGAGCUAUUGGUUGA